AUGGUCUCGGAUGAACCGAAGAAGGCUCGGAUGUUUGAGAGAAGGCUGAGACAGGUGAUACGUGCGCAGGUGGCGACGUUAUUGGUCCAGAGCUUUACUGAGCUGGUGGAUAGGGCUAUGGUGGAAGAGGCCAGUAUGCAAGAAGAGGAGAGAGAGGCGAACCAAAAGAAGAGGCUCUUAUCUCAUGGGUCUCAGUUUAGCUCCAGUCAGAGUACGUGGAAGCAACCUAGUAAUUUUAUAGGUCAGCGACAGGAGUUAGGAUCUCGAGCCUCUCAGGGGAGCUCUCUGAGUGCCACUUGUCCUAGAUGCCAUAAGAAUCAUCUAGGCGAGUGCAGGGCUGGAACAGCUGUCUGCUAUCGGUGUGGAGUAGCAAGGCAUCAGGUGCAAGAUUGUCGUGCGACGCUGAAGUACCCACCUCAGUUACAGCAAUAUGGGAGAGGGAACCAGACACCUCGAGGGGGUCACCAGGGGAAUACAACCCAGGCACGGGUGUAUUCUAUGAUGUCGGCUGAUACCGAGCACGCAGGAGAUGUGGUUACAAGUAUUAUUUAUAUGCUUUCCCAUAAAGUUGUCAUGCUUGUUAAUUCAAGUGCAACCCACUCAUUCGUGUCUAGGAGGUUUGUUGAAGUAUGUGAAAUAUAG